GUGCUUAUUGGAAGCGGAGGAGGUGGUUGCAACAGCAUGGCCAGCUCCAGCAGGGCAGGGGGUGUUGUUGGUGGAGAAGGAAGCAGGAGGCAAUCGGAAAGAGGGGUAGAGGGAAGGACAUUGCAAGCUCAAGCGCACCUCCUCGGGGGUGAUCGACAAAGUCCCAACGUCGGCUACGGACUCAUCCUUGUUCGUCCCACAGCUGGGGGAAAAGCAAACGAAGCUGCAGGGCGAGAAAGACGUGUGGAAGCAUGUGGAGCAAGGUCAGGAGGCUGUGCCGAAGGGGCGGGGAGAAAGCCUUGCCCUUUGAGAACAGGCGAGAUAUUGCACAAGCUGGUGGCCGAAGGCGCGAAGGUGCUGCCGAAGGACAAGAAGACGCAAUACCUUCUGCAAAAUUACCGGCAGCUUCACAACAUUUCAGCGGGGGGGGCUGCAAUCACCGAAGAUAACCAAAGUGCGGUUGUACCUCGCGGUUACGAGGAGCCACAACCGUCGGUUGCUGCUGGGAGGGAGCCAGUGAAGGAGGUGGUGCGGCGGGGAAAAGAAAUUGCAGCGGCACAGGCGGUGGGAGAAGAUGGUGAUUCCACCACACGAAUAGCUUCACUGCAUCAAACGACCACCAAGAGACGGGUUGACAACGCGGCACAUAAGAAGUUGGAUGUUGCGUGGGCGGAGGCAAUGUUCAGAGCCGGAAUUGCAUUCAAUUUUUUGGAGUUCGACACCACCCGACAGUUGCACGACGUGUAUCUCGAGGUGGCGAACACUAGACCGGAGGUGAAGUUGCCGUCUUCGAAGCACAUACGGACUGUCAUGCUCGAGUUCAUUUUCAUGUGCAUUCAAAAGCAAGUGGAGCCUUUGACAAAAUGUUGGGAUGUCACCGGCUGCACUUUCAUCACGGACGGGUCUAACGAUCGGAGAGAGCGGCCUGUUAUGAACUUCUUAGCGGCGGGGUGGCACGGAGUUGUUCUAGUGGCGACGGUGUACAUGGAUGGCAAGAAGAAGACAGGAGCAGCGUUGGCCAAACUAUGGGAGAAAAUAAUCAGGGAGAUCGGGCUGCAGCGCAUUAACGCAAUUUGCACCGACAAUGCAGAGGUGAACAAGAGAGCAACUCAAAUUUUGGAACGACGCACGGACCCUGCGGUUUCAAGGAUACCUUGGGUUCCUUGCGCUGCACACUGCUGCAGCUUGCUGCUAAGGGACAUCAACAAGUUGGACUGGGUGAAGGGCACUGUGAAGCGGGGCCACACCAUCGUCAAAUUUAUCAGGAAUCACCACACAACUAACAGUUUCAUGAUGAGUUUGGGCUCAACAUUGACGCUGUUGCAACCGACUGAGGUCCGUUUGGGGUUGGUGUACCGGAUGCUGGAGGGGGUACACAACCGGAGGGCAGUGUUGAAGAACAUGGUGGACGUGACGAAUGUUGGGAAAUGGAAGGCGAUGCGGUGUUCGAGCGCGAAGCUGCAAGCGAAAGCGGAUCUCGUGUACUUCACACUGCGGAGGGAUGCUUGGUGGACGGAGCUAAGGAAGGUGGUGGAGAUGAUGAAGCUGUUGUAUCUCCUACUGCAGAGGAUGGACAAGGACGAAACUGCACCGUCGAACCUUGUGGAGUACGACCGACUCAUGGAGAGGAUGCUGGCGGAGGUUGUGCUGACACCGCGGAAGGACAAGAAGAUGUGGGAACCGGAUGCGGUCACGGAUGCUGAUACCAUCUUGCCGUCGGAGUGGUGGGCAACACAUGGUGGCGCUGUGCCGAAGUUGCAGGCCAUUGUUAUGAAAGUGAUGGGCAUGUGGAGCAUUGCAACUCCGGAGGAGCGUAAUUGGUCCUUGAUGGACUUGGUGCACUCCAAGCGACAGAAUCGGUUGAAGCCCGCGGCCGUGGAGAAGCUUGUGUACAUUCAUUGGAAUAUAAAUCUGUUGCGGGCAAGCAAGAACUUGAAGGACCAUCACUACGUCGAUUUGUGGGCGGAGUUCUUCGAGUCUCUUUCGGAUCCGGAGGAGGGCGAUGAUCCUCUUUUGGAGGCGCCCGAGGUGGAGAAGGGGAAAACGGAGGAGGAACAGGUGCGGGAACGGGCCUUAACCAAGUUACCAAAGGGCCGGAUUCCGAAGAACCUCGAAGAAGAUGAAGAGGAGCACACGAAUGACAAGGACUUGGACGACGAGAUAUGGAAGGGAAAGGCUCCAUGGUCUGAAACAUCUAGCGAAGGGGAGGCAGAAGCCUCGUCGGACGAUGAUUUUGAGCUGGGAGCGCGGCCCUCAAUCCCGGACACCACAUAUGUUGGGAGGAGGCGAACAACGCAGUGCCGUGGGGAACGCCCGCCCACAACACCAUCUCAAGGGACGGUUAAUACAAGUGCACAGUACGACAUCCAAUCCAAUGUUGAGCUAGCUCAGAUGGACACCGACAUUGACAUGGUGCUUCGCCCCGGUCCAAUCGACGCGGAUGAGGCGGAGGCUGAUCGUGCGAAGGCAAUGGCUGAUGCGGAUCGCGAACGGGUGCAAAGGAGAAUGAGAGAGGAGGAGGAGCGGCGAACACUUAUACUAACCCGUAAAGAAAUGGAGAAACAAAAGAAGAAGGUUGGAGAGCAUGAACCAAAGCCUGUGCAGGAGACGGGGCAGCAAGAGGAGGAGGAAGAGGAGGAGAUGGGCCAGCAACACGAGGAGGAAGAACACGAGAUGGCCCACCAGUCGCAGGAAGAAGAAGAGAUGGAGGAGGAAGAAGAAGAGGGUUGCAUGGACCGACGAGAGGAGGAGAUGAAACAAGAGGAAGGGAAGGGCACGAACCAGCAAGAAGAGGGGUCGGAUGACCAACAUGCGGAACGGGCGGGAGAGAGCAAGGAGGAGCAGCAGCACGACGAGAUGGCAAACAACGAGGAGCUGCAGCAACAGCAACAGCAUGCACCGACGACCGUGUACAAGUGUGGGAAGAAAACAGCGCAGCCUUCCGGGUCGUCGGAGAAUUCCCCCGAAUUCCCAGAUAACAUAGAGGGAAGCCAACACGACAACCUGUGGGUCAGCAGGGUUGGGAGGAAGAGGAAGCCGCCACCUGUCGACGAUGUGCCGAGGCCGAAACUUCCACGUGACAGGCCUCGGAAGAACCCGACUGCCGGUCCGGGUACGGAACCGAAAAAAAAAAAACGGAAAUGCAAGUCUCGCAGAAAGAUUGUCGAGGAUGACCCCAAUUCCGACAGCUGCAGCGAGCAGUUCGUCGAAGACGAGGGUCACACUGAUGACUGACAUCGGUGUGUGUGUGUGUUUGUGUGUGUGUGUGUGUGUAGCAUGUGCGUGUCACAUGAGUUUCGCACGAGCACGACACGUCAUACUCGUGCUACUCCGACCAAAAGCCUCGGCACACUGUGAGCAAGAGAAGACGAGGGGGCAUCAAUCAACAUAUUACCACAGA